UAUAUAUAUAUAUAUAUAUAUAUAUGUAUAUGUAUAUUUAAAAUCAUUAAGCCUUCAAAAAUUAACACAGAUAUAUGAUAUUUUAAAUGAGACCUAAAAAAAAACUUUAAAAACACAUAUAGAAAAGUAUAUCAGGAGAAUAUAUAGCUUAAUAAAUUAUGAAGUGAAGACCCUUGUUGGCACUUAGAACUAGAAAUAGAGUUUAGCUAGCUAUGCCAGAAGCCCCCUCUGCAUCCCAUCUCACCACAAUUCCUCCCCCUCCCAACAGUAACCACUAUCCUGACUUUUAUAGUAAUCACUUAGGAGGAUUUUAUUUUAAUGGGACUAAAAAAUGUAGCUAUAAUCACUAAUGGUAAAAUAUUAGGCAGUUGAGGGAUGCUUGUGGAAACCAUGAUAGUCAGCCAGACGUCAGCACACUCAAAAUUACACCAUUUCACACAGUUCCCCUCUGAGCCUAUGCUUCAUCUCUGCACACAUCUUUAUAAACAUGCAUGUAUGUCCUGAAGGUGCUACCUCCAUUCUGAGGGCUAUGACUUAUAACCCAGAGGUACUGAACAAAUGCUUGUAGGAGGAAUGAAUGGAUGUUAAAAAAAAAAUGAACUGUUUCACACAUUCAUCUAUGCAUUCUUUCAAUAUUUAAUGAGUGCCUAAAAUAUACAUAGAUUCUAACCUAUCUGUCCCUCUACAUUCUAUCAUCAUUCCUGUCCUCCCCUUCUCCUCAUCUUCCUCUUUUCCCAUCUUAUUUCUUUCUUUUCCUGUGGGACAGAGCUACAGUGAGUGCCCUGCAGGCAGGAUUCAGAGAUACAGGAGCAGGCCAGUGGAAACAGACACUAUGGAAAGGAGCCAGAUUAAAUAAGGGCAAAGACAGCCGUAUUACAUGCAGGAACCAGAAGGAAAACCAGUGAUUCACAGAGCACUGCAACUGAGGACACUCCCUUCACUUUGAGAGCUACUGCGGGAUUGGGGUCAAUGAGGGCUGGCAUCAAGAUGAAGGGCAGCCAGGCUCCUCCUCCCUGGAGAUGUGGUGCCCUUAAUCCUUCUCUCCCCACCCCACCCCCACUACUCCCUCACAUUGACCAGUGUCCUGGGCCUUUAAGAGUUGGAUGGGCUGGACUGGAGAGAGCUCACACCUCUCCCCUUCUUACUGCUUCCCUCCGGCUAUAACUCGCCAGUCACAGCAGCCAGCUGCUGUAGAAGAGGGGAGGAAACAAGCCAGUGCAAGGGGAGCAAAAGAGAAAAGGAGCCAGGCUGGGCUGCCUGAUCCCACAGCAUCGCAGAGCUCGGGAGGCACAGCUCACAGACACAGGAAACACAGGACUGCUAUUCUGCUCUCCUGCCCACGGUGAUCUGGUGCCAGCUGGUGGAACAGUGGGUGAUGGCGUCCCUGCUGCAAGACCAGCUGACCACUGAUCAGGACUUGCUGCUGAUGCAGGAAGGCAUGCCGAUGCGCAAGGUGAGAUCCAAAAGCUGGAAGAAGCUAAGAUACUUCAGACUUCAGAAUGACGGCAUGACAGUCUGGCAUGCACGGCAGGCCAGGGGCAGUGCCAAGCCCAGCUUCUCAAUCUCUGAUGUGGAGACAAUACGUAAUGGCCAUGAUUCCGAGUUGCUGCGUAGCCUGGCAGAGGAGCUCCCCCUGGAGCAGGGCUUCACCGUUGUCUUCCAUGGCCGCCGCUCUAACCUGGACCUGGUGGCCAACAGUGUUGAGGAGGCCCAGAUAUGGAUGCGAGGGCUCCAGCUGUUGGUGGAUCUUGUCACCAGCAUGGACCAUCAGGAGCGCCUGGACCAAUGGCUGAGUGACUGGUUUCAACGUGGAGACAAAAAUCAGGAUGGUAAGAUGAGUUUCCAAGAAGUUCAGCGGUUAUUGCACCUAAUGAAUGUGGAAAUGGACCAAGAAUAUGCCUUCAGUCUUUUUCAGGCAGCAGACACGUCCCAGUCUGGAACCCUGGAAGGAGAAGAAUUCGUACAGUUCUAUAAGGCAUUAACUAAACGUGCUGAGGUGCAGGAACUAUUUGAAAGUUUUUCAGCUGAUGGGCAGAAGCUGACUCUGCUGGAAUUUUUGGAUUUCCUCCGAGAGGAGCAGAAGGAGAGAGACUGCACCUCAGAGCUUGCUCUGGAACUCAUUGACCGCUAUGAACCUUCAGACAGUGGCAAACUGCGGCAUGUGCUGAGCAUGGAUGGCUUCCUCAGCUACCUCUGCUCUAAGGAUGGAGACAUCUUCAACCCAGCCUGCCUCCCCAUCUAUCAGGAUAUGACUCAACCCCUGAACCACUACUUCAUCUGCUCUUCUCAUAACACCUAUCUAGUGGGGGACCAGCUUUGUGGCCAGAGCAGCGUCGAGGGAUAUAUACGGGCCCUGAAGCGGGGGUGCCGCUGCGUGGAGGUGGAUGUAUGGGAUGGACCUAGUGGGGAACCUGUCGUUUACCACGGACACACCUUGACCUCCCGCAUCCUGUUCAAAGAUGUCGUGGCCACAGUAGCACAGUAUGCCUUCCAGGAGCUUCGGAGGAAGAUCCUGGUGAAGGGGAAGAAGUUAACACUUGAGGAAGACCUGGAAUAUGAGGAAGAGGAAGCAGAGCCUGAGUUGGAGGAGUCAGAAUUGGCGCUGGAGUCCCAGUUUGAGACUGAGCCUGAGCCCCAGGAGCAGAACCUUCAGAGUAAGGACAAAAAGAAGAAAUCCAAGCCCAUCUUGUGUCCAGCCCUCUCUUCCCUGGUUAUCUACUUGAAGUCUGUCUCAUUCCGCAGCUUCACACAUUCAAAGGAGCACUACCACUUCUACGAGAUAUCAUCUUUCUCUGAAACCAAGGCCAAGCGCCUCAUCAAGGAGGCUGGCAAUGAGUUUGUGCAGCACAAUACUUGGCAGUUAAGCCGUGUGUAUCCCAGCGGCCUGAGGACAGACUCUUCCAACUACAACCCCCAGGAACUCUGGAAUGCAGGCUGCCAGAUGGUGGCCAUGAAUAUGCAGACUGCAGGGCUUGAAAUGGACAUCUGUGAUGGGCAUUUCCGCCAGAAUGGCGGCUGUGGCUAUGUGCUGAAGCCAGACUUCCUGCGUGAUAUCCAGAGUUCCUUCCACCCUGAGAGGCCCAUCAGCCCUUUCAAAGCCCAGACUCUCUUAAUCCAGGUGAUCAGCGGUCAGCAACUCCCCAAAGUGGACAAGACCAAAGAGGGGUCCAUUGUGGAUCCACUGGUGAAGGUGCAGAUCUUUGGUGUCCGUCUAGACACAGCACGGCAGGAGACCAACUAUGUGGAGAACAAUGGUUUUAAUCCAUACUGGGGGCAGACACUAUGUUUCCGGGUGCUGGUGCCUGAACUUGCCAUGCUGCGUUUUGUGGUAAUGGAUUAUGACUGGAAAUCCCGAAAUGACUUUAUUGGUCAGUAUACCCUGCCUUGGACCUGCAUGCAACAAGGUGAGCCAGCCCCUUUGACCCCUGGCCAAUACCCCAGCUCUGGCUGCCUUCCUAAUGCUGUCCUCCUGCCCCUUCCAGGUUACCGCCACAUUCACCUGCUGUCCAAAGAUGGCAUCAGCCUCCGCCCAGCUUCCAUCUUUGUGUAUAUCUGCAUCCAGGAAGGCCUGGAGGGGGAUGAGUCCUGAGGUGGGCAUUUCACGGGAAGGGUUGGUGUGCUGGCUUUAGAUGGUGAGAAACAUCUGGAAGGAUGCUCUAGAGAACAAAUGGAGGUGGUGAAAACCAAGCUUUGGAUUGUGCAUUCCUAGGCACAAAAUUACCUCAUUCUUCCUAACAAGCAAAUCUGGGACCUGAUUUUCCACUUUUUUUCUCUUUUCUUCCCUUCCCUUGUUUUCAUAAGCCUUUGGUAUCUUUCCUGCCCUUUUCCUUUGUGUACUCUAUACCGGAGUUCCCUUCUUCCUCUUGCUGUAGGCUCAAUCCCAUACCGACAUCUACAACUAAUCUUUCCCAUCAACUCUGUGUGAAGGCAGGUUGCAACUAGAAAUUCAGAGGGGCUUGGAACAGAGAAACCUAAAGAAGCAUCAUCCCCUCCACCCCCAACUUCCUCAAAGCCCAAAGCCAAGGGAAGGAUAAAUCAAGGCUCAAGGCUUCCCCGGCAAAGAUUAGGGAAAGAGACUUGACCCCAGGACUGUACUAUGACUCUCAAGAGAACACUGCACAGCACUCAAAGUGCCCCACUGGACUGCUUCCUCCUUAGCCCCACUGGUAUAAAUACAUCUCUCUCCAAUUUGGCUUCAA